AACACCAGAUAAACACUUAACAGUUUUGUUAUUUCUACAGGAUGCUGUGUAUUAUAGUACUGACGGUUUUGGCAGGUGCGCUAGGUGCCCCAACCACCCAGCCCGGAGCGUCGACUACCCUUGACCUGCUUGCUAUUAUCACUAAUUCCUUCAACCAUGUCGACGCUGACAGCAAUGGACAGCUUGACGUUUCAGAGUUCUACAAAGUCUUUGAAAGCUACGACACUAACCAUGACCAUAAAAUGAGCAUCCACGAGUACGUGCACGGCACUAACACCAACAAGGCCAUUGCCCAAGAGGUGUUCAAGUUCGUUGACCACGACCACGAUGACGUUCUUACCCGGGCAGAUACGAACAGGAUCUUCAGGACGUACGACACCAACCACGACGGUACCAUCACUAUCAACGAAUAUAUCCACGAAUACAAGACGAUCUACGAAAAAAUACUUCUUGGUAUUCAACAUCACACCCGCCAGGCACAUGUUCAUCCAACCAAAGCUGCUACCAAAUGAAUGACCCAGUAGAAAAACGUAUAUUGUAUAUAAGCAUCUCACAAAGAAGUGGAAUAAACUAUUACACAAA